GUUGACAAGUCAGAAGGAAACAAGACGCUGGUGACCGAGUUUGUUCUCACGGGACUUACAGAGUGUCCAGGGCUGCAGGUCCCCCUGUUCCUGGUGUUCCUGGUCACCUACCUCACCACCAUGGGGGGUAACCUCGGACUGAUGGCUCUUAUUUGGAAGGACGCCCGUCUGCACAGGCCCAUGUACCUGUUCCUUGGUGGAUUAGCCUUUGCAGAUGCUUGCACUUCAACCUCUGUGACUCCAAGGAUGCUGGUCAGUUUCUUAGGCAAGAGUCAAACGAUGUCCCUGGUUAAAUGCAUCACCCAGUUUUAUUUUUUUGCUUCCAGUGCAACUACGGAAUGUCUCCUCCUGGUGACUAUGGCCUAUGACCGCUAUGUAGCCAUGUGUAACCCCUUGCUUUACCCAGUGGUCAUGUCCAACAGGUUCUGCGCUUGGUUGAUAAGUGUGUCAUAUGUAAUCGGUUUUCUGCAUCCCCUCAUUCAUGUGAGUUUGUCAUUAAGAUUAACUUUCUGCAGGUCUAACAUGGUACAUUAUUUUUACUGUGAAAUUUUACAACUGUUCAAAAUUUCAUGCAAUGACCCAUCUGUUAAUGCACUAAUGAUAUUUAUUUUUGCAGCUUUUAUACAAAUAUCCACUUUAAUGUCCAUCAUAAUCUCUCAUACUUGUGUGCUCCUUGACAUACUAAAAAAAAAGUCUGAAAAGGGCAGAAGCAAAGCCUUCUCCACUUGCAGUGCCCACCUGCUCUCUGUCUCGUUGUACUAUGGCACUUUCAUCUUCAUGUAUGUGCGUCCUGCAUCUGGCCUAGCUGAAGAUCAGGACAAAAUGUAUUCUCUAUUUUACACGAUUAUAAUUCCCCUCCUAAACCCGUUUAUUUACAGCUUGAGAAAUAAAGAGGUAAUAGGUGCCUUGAGAAGAGUUGCAAAGAAGUAA